CUGUGGGACGAGUUCGGCGCGCCCACCUUGGGCGUUCCCACAAGCGAUCUGGAAGGAGCCCCUCGGACGUUCACAUUCGAGUUCUCCAAGAUGUUGAGUUUGUCGAAUCUUUUGGCCCGCCCAGCCUCCACUAUUCACGAUGGGCAGUGCGAUUUGGCAUGCGAGAGUGCCACGGGCAAAUUCCACGGUCAGCUCGACCCCAGCGGCAGCACUUUCAUUUCCAUGAGCACCUUGCUGUCUCGGGCUGCGAAGAAGGAGACAGAUAAGAAGGAGGCGGAGCGCCAAAGGCAGGGGGAAGAGAAUGCGGAGCUUCGCGCCCUCAGUCUGCAUGACGACUCCAGUCAGCUCGACAAUGGUCGGGGCGCCUCCGCGAGGUUCGGGGCUGACGAGUUCGAGAAAGAAACUGACAUCCUGUCCGUUGGGGCCGAGCCUGCCGCUGCGACCCCAGAGAAGCCCCCCUCGAGCGGCCGGGCGCUCCGGGCCUUGAGUUGGAUGCCCGAUGUCGCAGAGCAUCUGAAAAGCGACCCUUUCAAUGCGAAGUGGGUGUUGCAGCUGCCAAAGGUCAAUUUCCCGAAGGCCCUCGCUGGGAGGGCACCUGGCGGCCACGGCAGGGAGAGGAACACGCCGAAUGGAUGCAUCACGGAGGCCGAGAACAUGGGGCGAGAGGAGGCAGCCAUGAUGAAUGAGCACCACGACUUGCACAAGCAGUGCGAGCAGUUCUCUACCGAGCAAGGCUGGCUCAAUGCAUCGGCCGAGGAGCUUGGUCCGUUCGCGGCUGACCUCAAGAAGCACAACGUCGACCUUCCUACGUCUGCGAAGCAUAGCUGCAUGCCCCGAGCAUUGCGUGAUUGGACGCAUCUUCAGCACAGCAUCAAAGACGAGGCCGCGCAGCUUCUGAACAUGAUCUCUCCGCGGCCCUUGGACGGGGGCAGCGUGGGCGGCUUCGACCCCGAGAACCCCUCGUUGCGGGAGUGCUUGAUAUCAAAGAUCCUCGCGCCCAUAAUCAGAGAUGGCGCGCCCCCCCAUGACUCGCUGCUGCGAGUCGUCCACGUGGCCUUGGACAUGAUCACGGCUGCUUCUGACAGCAAGCAUAUCGAUUUCGAGGUCUACGAGGACCACGCCGACCAGAUGAUGUCCAUGCUUCGGGCGGUCCUGGUUGCGAUGGAAACAGACACCGUGAAGCUCGAGGAACACAAUGCCACCUCGAAAGACUACGACCGCUUGCAAGAGUCGACAGGGCAAGGCGGGAUGUCCAAUGUAUUGACGGCCACGAAGCAGAUUUCUCACUACAGGGCGCUUCUUGGAGAGUUCAUUCGCACUCGCAAGGAUUGCGAGACCUACUUGCCACGACAGGAGGAGCAUGGGCAGAAGUUGUCCAGCAAGACCGGGCACAGCUCCCAGGAUGACCUGACCAUGAUCAUGCAGGCGUGGAAUCUCAUUAAGCAGACGCACGGUAAGCUCCGGAAGGGCCAGGGCACCAAGCUCAGAUCCCAGGCCGAGCAGGCUGCACUCCAGAUUACGGGCAGCCUUCCAGAUAUGAUCGAGCAGGGCAGGUUCCCGCCCGAGAGGAGUGCGGAGCUCAAGGAGUUGUUGGAUAUCACCUCUCAGAUGUCCUUCGCGCUGCCGAAGCAAGACUUAUUCUCGAGUUAUGUCGUGCGCAUCCAGCAGGAGAGCAGCAUUGGGAGCCACGUCGGCGCGAUGAUCAAGUGCAUGCGAGCGUUUCAAUGCGAUGUUGAGCGCGGGACUCGCUCUGCUGACAUCAAAUCUCUUCAUGCCCAAGUCAGGGCGUACAACGAGUCCGGCGCGCAGUCGGUACCUGAGGGCCUGUCCGACAGCAUCGACCAGUUCAUGGCCAACGUGAUGAUUGCCAUGGGGAUCGGCGAGGACAUGAAUCUGAUUCAGGCCGUGCUCGACUACAUUCGGUUGGCGCGCGAUCUUGGCCUCGACCUCAUCGCUUUGAAGGGGGACUUGCGAGAGCAGAUGGCGCAGUUCAAAGUAUACCUGACCGAGUUGUCCGGCACCCAGUGGGGCCUCGUGGCGCUGGAGGGCUUCAAGAUGCACGGAGCCACGGCGGAGGCCAUGCGGCAGAGCAGCAAGGGCAAGUCGGAGCUCGGCCAGUUCGUUGCCGCGAGUGCGGCCAUGACUGGGGCGAGUGCAAAUAUCAAGCUGGGCUUCUUAUAUCGUUGGCACGCGCAGGUGAAAGAGUUGGCCUUGGACGUGGCCACCUUUGAUUGCAGCUAUCACGCCGAAGACGCCUUGCAGGCAAGCGAGCAACAUUUCUCGCACUCCCUCAUCACGGGCGUCGAUGACGGCCUGUGGCGCGACGGCUUCAAUGACGCCAAGGCCCUCGACCAGUACUUGGGGAAGGCCAAGGAGAGCAUCUUCAAGAAUUGUCGGCCCUCGGCGCUCGAGACUGCGAUUGACGCGGUGUCGGCGAAGCUCGCGGCGGCCAAGAACAGCCGCGAUCUCCACGGCGACAGGGGCGAGGGCCGCCACGCUGUGGCGGAAGAUAUCGCUACCAAGCCUGCUCGUGCCAAGGUCACCCAGGCUGAGCGCCCCAUGCUCGCGCGCUGCAGGGGCUUCGCCGACGCCCCGCUGAAGCCCAAGAGGAGCCUCAAGAUCCACCUCGGCAACCACAGCUCCAAGGAGACCAGUCUCAUCCCGAAGGGUUCACUGCGCAUAUUUGAGGAGAAGGCUGACGUCAGGCGCAAGGCAGAGCCCGACAA